UUAACUGUCUUUCGAACAACGACGUCGUAUCCGGACUAUUUUCGAGUUCUAAAGAGUCCUGUUUCCAUACUCAAAACCCUAGAAGUUUCUUCCGACCAAAUCGAAUCGCCCGGACUUUAAUCUCCGAGAAUGUUGAUCCCACCUGUUAAAUCAUAGCCAUGCUUUGAGUGGUGAAUACAAAAGUCAAUGGCAGAUCAACUGUCUUUCAAUAGCCCGAGAAGGACCCUUAGUUAUUCUAGAAACAGGGGAGCAACCUUUUCUGUUUUCGAAGCCGAUAACAAGGCUUCUGGGGUUGGUGUUUCCGGAGAGCAUGGUCCUAACCCUUCAGAAGUUUAUGGGUUUGUAGGAGCCAUUUCAACUGUUGUUGCAACUGUUAUCUUCAUGGUAUGGGCGUACGUUCCUGAUCCUUGGUUACAUUCUAUUGGGAUCUUCUAUUAUCCCAGCAAGAAUUGGGCUUUGGUGCUUCCAACAUACGCGAUGGUCACAGUUGUAACCAUGUUCUUAUUCUACAUUGGCCUCAACUUUAUGGCAACUCCACCUCCAACAUCCUUAAACUCCAUAUAUGAUGAAAACAGCAAAGAUAUAGUGUGCUUUGAUCCUGCGGUAGAGGAAGAUGAUCGACCCAUCGAGCCUUAUUCUGAUAUUGGACUUGAUCAAAUCAAUAUGCUUAUGUUCAAAGAAUGGAAACAGUAGUUUCAAGUCAAAUCUAUGAUUGUUCUUGGAUGUGAUCAGUUGCAUAAGUUGCAAUUUUUUAGCACAUGAUAAUCUUGUGCUGCUAGUUAGGUUUUAGAAAAUUUUAGGCUUGAUCUUGCUAUAGUUUUUGGUUUAUCUGAUCACUAAAAAACAGUGAAUGUACAUAGUGUAUAUUGUUCUUGAUUGGAAACCCACGAAACAGUCCGAUAGAAGCUUCGUGAGACUGAAGCCUCGCGGACACUUUGACGGUCA